AUGUCACGUCAACUAAAACUAGAGUUGCAACCAGGCAAGAGUCUGGGUGACUUUGUCCUUGGAAUGACAAUUUCCGAGGCACUCAAUGUGAUCAAACAUAACAAUGUGGCUGUCAUCAACAAAGUGGACAUCAUCUUUAAUGACUCUGAUCCACUUAGCAUCGACAUAGUUCUCAAGUUGGUGGAUGAUGGCGUGCUGUUACGAUUCGCACCGUCCUCACAACGACUCAGGGUGAUCGAGAUAUUUGACGUAUCAAAGCUGGCACUAAGCUAUCGUGGAUCAAUCUUUAGCAAUAGUGAGAGCAUUGCUUCGUUCGUGAACAUCUAUUCCAAGUUUGGUCCAUCAUAUCCAGGCGACUUCAAUGCCAAGAAGAACGUCUAUCACCUUCACUAUCCUGGCCUAUCAUUUAGUUUCCCAAUUCCACCAAAGUUUAACUCAUUAUACAGCGAAGGAACAGAGUUGCCCGUGGAGCUACCGGAUGGCUCAACACCAGUUGUCUCCAAGGUGUUUGUAUAUAGUGGAUUGCAGAUGAAGACACCUCUCACAGUCAUGCCUUCACCAAAUGAGGACAUCAUUGUUGUGCCGAACGCAGGUGUCUACUUUUGCAGAAGGAAUUGUAUAUUGACAUUCAAGUCCACGCCACAGGAUGUACUUAGUGAGCUCGGACCACCUUCAAAGAUCUAUCACAAGGAUGAGGACAACAUGAAGAUACACACCUACAAGGUUGAGCUUUCUCCUGCACCCGACUACUUCUACAACUACUUCCAUCUUGGUAUCGAUAUUCUCUUUGACGCCAAGCGUAACACUGCCAAGAAGUAUAUCUUUCACACCAACUUCCCAACUCACUAUGAGUUCAACCUCGACAACUCAAAAGCCAUCUUUGAUGCUUUGAAGAAUGUGGUCGAGGGCAAGGUUGCACCACCCUCUGCCAAGCAAGUGGAGAAUGGUCAUCCUCCAAUCGAUCCAAACAACAUCCCCCAAUUGCCCGAGCUUGGUGGUGAUUCCUCGUCGUCGUCAAGUAGCAAUGUCAAUGGCAAUAUCAAUGGCAAUGGCAAUGUCAAUGGAAAUGGCAAUCAACAACAAGCACUAAGUAACAAUCUUCAACAUCCAAAUGGACCAUUGUCAUCAUCACCAUCGAACCCUUCAUUGAUGCUCCCGCCAAUCUUGGUGGCAAUGUCGUCUGAGCUUCAGCAGCAACAGCAACAGCAUCGAAACGAAUCAUCCGUCAUUGACCCAUCCAUCCACUUCAUCCAUCCCGACAUGAAGUGGGACGAGGUCCAGAACGUCUUUGGCAAGUCCGGCAAGCCUGUAGUCAACAACCGUGGCUCCAUAUCCAAUCCAUUUGGUUCCACCUACUUCUACGGCUAUCCAGGCAUAAUAUUUGAAAUUAUGAGGAACCAAUAUAUAGCAUCAGUUUGUCUGUUUGACGAUUCCCCAAUCUAUGUAAAUAACGACACCAAUGGCAACCACAUGGGAGGACCUUCCUACGGCAGCAGCAUCAACGGAAGCAACAUUAGUAAUAGCAAUGGUGGCAAUGGUGGUGGAGGCAGCAGUAGUAGUUAUAUAGAUAGUAUCGAAAGUGGAUUCUAA